UGUGUAGGAAUAUGAAGGCCGCAAUCAUAAACGUUGGGGACCCGAACAAGUUAUUUACUUGCUGCCCCAUGGAUACAAGCGUGUAGAACAAACACUUUUGACCACGCCCCAAUGUUUAGACAGUACCUUGGAUUAGGAUGUUUCUACUUGCGUUUAUUUAUUUUUCUUAUAGUUUUUUUUAAUUAAACAGUCACACUUCAAUGUUGCCAUAUGAAUUAACAUAUUCAUGAGAGCAGAAAGAUGUCUUCCCAUGUAUAUCACACUGUGGUAAAGGGAGAAGCUUCUGAGACAGAUGAUGAGGAGGAGAUGUAUGUGACCUCAGUUACACCUGGAGCCUUCUCCAGCACACAUGGAUUGAAAAUCCAAGGAGAAGCUUCAGAAACAGAUGAAGAAGAUGAUGUAAAUGAGAAGAGUGACAUAUCUACCAAAGGUUUGGAGAAUAUUCUCCCUCCAUUAGUGGUCAUCCGGAAUGAGGUAGAAAAUGUGCCUUUUGGUGCAGAAGAAAAACCGAUAGUGAACAUACAGCAGCAAGGACGUUACAGUACUUUGCUGCAGCAGAAACUUUUAGAGAGCAAUGCACGCUUGUACCAUGAUGUCAACAACACCAUCAAACAUGUCUAUCAAACUGCCACUGGUGAAAUACGGACAUUAACUAGUCAGCUGAGCAACUCUCAAAAUGGCAUCAUUAAUGCUUCCCAUAGUAUCAGACUUGCUCUUGACGAUUUGAAAGGGGUUUCAGAAAAGAUUGAUAUCAUCACAAGCUGCAACCUUCUUCCUGAUAUUCGGAUUAGUGUUCCUAAUGCAUAGGAUAGGUGGUGCUAAAAUGUUAUUUUAUAUCACAUGGUCAGAAGAGUCCUGCAAUAUAAUGCGGAAUUGUGAUAUCAGACCAUGAACUCAAUGCCUAAGUAGGAUAUGACAAAUCUCUGGCUGGGUAUGCAGUGUGGUAUUGUUUUCCUCCAAUAAAAAGUGAUUGAAGAAAUCUUAA